GAGGGUGCAAAACGAGACAUCUCUGUCUACUUCUUCCUUUCUGCGUCUGCGGCAUAGCAAUGUUCAAAACUAAAGAAAACAACAGCAAGAAGAAUAUAACAUUUGGAAGCGCGUUUUGUGAAUGUUUUAGAUAACUAUAGAAAAGUUAAAUUUGAAAGUGAAAGUAUAUUUUCGUUAAAUAUAUUUCUGUAAUUUAACUCUGAAGAUGUGGAGCUGCAUAUUUUGUAUAGGUUUACUUAUGCAAUGAAAAGAAGAAACAGGGCGAGACGUUUUCGAAAGUAUUUGCUAUUUCCGAUGGUCAUAUUAUAGUUUUAAAAAUUUUCGAGUAGUUUAAAAUCAUGGCUCGAUGUCUGACAUUUACUUCUAAGAAGCUUGGUUGUAAAGAAAUAGCAGAAGUGGGUAUAGCUCUAGAAGGUAACGAAUCGGAAUCCUCAGGAAGUGAGAAUGAAGUUGAUCAUAUAUUGGACAUGUUAGGAUACGGGAAUAUUCAUGAAGUUGAAAAUUUUGAAAAUGAUUUGUCGUCUGAAGAUGAUGAGUCCUAUUUGUAUGAUAGUGACAAUGAUAGUGAAAUUGAUUACAUUGCAGACUUAAUGCUAGAUGAAAUUAAAGUUGAGACAAAUGAAGAUAGUAAUGAUAGUUAUGUCAAAGAUAAAUCAGUUGAAAACAUUUCUGAAGAUUCUGUGCCUUAUGUUCAAGAAAAUGACUGUGAUGGAAAAAUAAAAGAACACUUAAAUCUUGUAUCUGUGUUAAUCAAUAAUAAAGAUGCUAAUACUGACCUGCAAAAUACUAGAAGUACAAACAAAGUGUCAGCUUGUCUUCCUGGAAGGGACAACUGGGGUGGUGCUCAUUCAUUUAAAAUACAACUCACCUGCAAUGUGAAUCCAAAAAACAAUGACACUGCCAUUUAUGUUCAGGAGAAAAAUAAACUUUAUAUUAGCAAAGAUCUUGAAUUCAAAAUUUGUUGCACUGCUGUCAAUGUACCAGAAAGUUCAGAUGUGCGAGCAAGUGCAAUGUUUUCUUUACCAGAACAUGCUUUUGAAAUUGUAAAGCGAUGUCAGAUUCAUGCUCAUGAAGAUAAAUUAAAAGGCAACCCAGCAUAUGAGCAUGUACUUCAAUGUAUGGAAAAGGAAGCUGCGUAUGAAAAGAAUUCUGUGACAGGACAAUGUAGUGUCAUUGUUCCAUACAAAGAAUUAGAUGGGAAAGAGGAUAUUAAUACUUAUACGUACAAGUUGACUUGUUUCAGUUCAUGUUCUACUGGUCUCAACAGGAGACCAUUUAUGAUACAGUUUACUUUGGAAAAUAAUAAUGUUAUUUUGGGAAGGCAGACUUUACAUGUCAGAGUUUGUGCAUCUCCACUUCGAGAUUUAAGAUUAGAGACUAAAAAGAACAUUAACAUAUGUAAUUUGCAUGGAGGCUCAAGUAAUGAAAAUCCUGGAGAACUGGUCUCUGAUAAUCCUAAGCAGUCAACUUCCAGCUACACACUUACAGUAAAAGACUACAAGUUGUACAAAUUCCUAAUGCGCAUGAAAUCAUUAUAUGAAUCUGGUUCUUAUGCAAAAUAUUUAUUAAUGACAGGAGACUCUCAUACAACAUGACAUUUCAUUUUAUUCAUCUCAUCAGUUUAUUUUCAUAAAGAUAUGCAUGGCAUCCUGUUGGAUUAGAUCAGUGCCAAAUUAAACCCUGUGGAGGUUCCAAAGUCCUUGAAAUAUUGGGAAUUCAUUCACAGAAUCCUCAAAUGUAUUUUUAACUUUAUCAACAAGUGCUUUUAAUAAACUACUAUUAUUAUCCUACCUAUUAACAAUUAUUAAUCUUUCAAAGCAAAGUAUAUUAUACGUAUGGCAUUAAUUAUAAAUAAUUACAAGCAAAUUAAUAAAUUAUAAUAAAAUAUUUAUGUGAUGCU